AUGAAAGUAAUUGAUUGUGUAUCGAAAAAGCGCUUGCAAGAGCGAUUUGAAGAAUUUUAAACUCUCGAAAUCAAUGAUUAAUCCAUUGAAUCUGUUAUAAAAGAAAAAUAACAAGCCGUUUUUAUCCCAAACAUGUCCAAAAUAUAUGGAGUAUCCUAUGGGAUAUUCGAGGAUGUAGUGGCUUUUCAUGAUAAAAAGAUAGAGUUGUAGAGUAAGUUUUCAGUGAUGGAUUUCGAUUUUUAGCAAAUGCCUCUACCCUUACAUUUGAUUAAUAGUACUUAUCUAAGCGAAUCUUGCAUGUAUCUAAAGAUUGAAAAUCUUAGGUUGAAAAGGGUCUAUUGCUUGUGCUAGACAAAGCUGGUCAAGAAAAUAUUUGCAAUCACUUUUUGGCUCUUUAUAAUCCUUCUCUAGAACAAAAAAGAGUAUAACCUGAAGUCUAAAAAGCAUCUAGAAGAUCUUCUGAAAAAGAAAUAAUUUAACCUACUCCUUAAAUUGAAACCCCCAAAAGAAGAUUUGCUUGAGCUACUUCCUUUUUUAAUAACAAAAGCAACUUUGCUUGUUAUUGAAGAGAAAAUAACUGAAAAAAUAACAAUGCUCUUAUCAAAUGAUAGUCAGGAAUAUCAUGCUAUCUUUCUUAGUCGAUUCACGUUCUAGCAAUUAAGUGGAUAAUUAUUAUAAGAAGCAGCCAUUCAGAAACUUGUUGCUAAGUUUUUAGAGGUCGAAUUUGAGAGAGAAACGAAUGCAAAAGUCAUAAAUAAAGCUGAAAAAGAUGUUUAGUAUUUUAGAGAAAAACUUAAUUACUUAGGAAGUGAUAGCCCAUAGCCUUAAAUGGUAGAUGAUGAUAAGAUGACUUAAUUCGAUAAUUUAAGUGUAUAUUCACACUCAGCAAGCAAAAGCAAACUCUUGAGAAAAAAUUAAAGCUAAGGAAAGCUCAUAAAAUAUAAGCAAAAGCUCUCUAAUGGUCCAAAUCAUCGAAUUGAAUCUAGUAAUAUGCUUUAUGGAUAGAAUCAAAGCAGCGAGUAUCAAUAACAGUAUUAAAUUUCAGCGAGACAUAAAGAGGAUUUAUAGCUUAGCAUGGAGAAAAUAUUUAGAAGAAGCACAUUCAACAAUAAAAGUCAAUCUCACACUCCUAUAAUAUUACAACCAAAUGUGAAAGAUAUCGAAAAUGAUAAAUCAUAAAGCAAAAGUAAGGAUAAGAAUAGGAGUACUUUUCAUACAAAGUUCAAUGUUUUCAAGAUUAGUAGCAAUCUUCAAGAUGUGUAUGAUGAAAAAAGAAUUAACUCUCCCUUGAAAAAUUAAUUAAAUUAUAAGCAUUCAAUUGAUAGGAAUGAUUAAGACAAGUGUCCAAAGUUCUAUCUCAAGUUUGCAAAUUAUCUAAUUGAUAAAAAAUAAGAAGAUCGAAGGGACAUUAAAGGCUUUCUGAGAAAAAUGGACAAAAGUUCAGAUGAAGAGCCAGAUACAACAAAGACUAGGGGCUAGUAAUUAUAUUAAUAGAACAGGAAUGAUUUCAUUAUCUCUGCCUAAGAUUAGAAAGAAUAAGAAAGCAAGGAUCAUUACUAGGAAGAUCUAAAUGAAGAAAAGUUAUUUCGAAUAGAAAAACUAAAAGAGUUUAUAGGGAGAUGCAAAACAAGCGAAAAAUUAAAAAGAGAUAUUACUCCAACAAAUAGAAACCAGAGCCAAAAUGAUAAAGUAAGAAAUGUCAGUGCUAUUAAGGAAAGCCAAUCUUAGAAAAAUUUGCUUAAAAGGCAGAUAACUAUAAAUAGUAUGAAGAUGCCAAGAGGUUCAGUAAUUUCCAACAAUAAAUCAGCCUAUUUCAAUUAGCACACAUUCCUUCCAGAAAAGAAUUAAAAACUAAAAGCGUAAAAUCAGGGGACUGUACAAGAAAAUAAUGAAACUACAAAUGAAGAGGACUCAGAAGUUGACUUGACACAUCUUAGGAAAGAUAUGCAAAUUGUGAAAAAGUAACUGAAAAAGCUUGAAAGUAGAUAUUCAGUUGUUUAGCCAAUAAACCGAAACUAUCUCUAGGCUUUAUAGGAUAAGAGUAGGCAGUCACUUUAAAACUUCACAUAAAUUACUCCCUCUUAUGAAUACAAUCAAAGACCAUUCACAAGUCUAUAUAACAUAAAUGUCAAGCGGACUCAUUAGGAGGUCCUAACUUCUUAGAAUAGUGCAAGAGUAUCAGUGGCUAUAUAAAAAGCAUAUAAAUUUGGAAAUCAAAAGAUGAUUAAUGACAUGAAUCAAAGUCAUAGUAUGAUAUUUAAAAAAUCACAUUAAAAAUUGCAUUGCUGA